AUAUAAGAUAUUAAUAUUAUUAAGAAAAAUGAAAAAAAAAAUCUUUUAACGUAAGAAAGUAUGACACAUCGUCGUCGUCGACUAGUAGCCAGCUGGACACCCACCUCGUACCAAAACGUCCCAUGCGAAGACACGUCAGAUUCCCAUUUUACCCUCCGAUCCUUCUUUUAUUUUCUACUCCUUAUCUUGUAUUUGGCGCCAAAGCAUUUCUUUCAGUUUGGUUUGAUUCUUUAUCAGUUUAUCUCUAGUUCCCGCACCAUGGAUCCCUUCGCGCUGAAACCCAACAUCCUGAAGAACAUCCUCGUACGCAUUCUUUCCUUCGGCGUCCUCAUCUUCGCUGUCCGUUUCGCUUACUUCGUCGCCAUCAGGGGUCAAUCGUGCGUGGCCGGCGACGACUUCUGCCUCUUCAACGUCCGCCGCGUUUCCUCCGUUCCCGUAAAAUCUCAAAAGGGUAUUGAUUAUUACUCCUCCGUUUUUCAAGAUUUGAUCGCCGAGGGAUUUCUUUCUCCCACUUCGAAGUCACUCUGCAUCGUCGAGACGCAGACAGGGGAGGAAGUCCACGCCUUGAAAAGAAUCGGCGUCUCUGAAUCCAUCGGGAUUUCCAAAAAAGCAUCGCCACCGUUGAUUUUACGUGGCCAAGCGUGGAAUCAGCCGUUCAAAGGGAACACCUUUGACUUCGAGUUUUCGAGCGGUUUGGAACGGUUGGGUUCCCCUGUGGAGUUGGGUUCGGAGAUUUGUCGGACGCUGAAACCUGGCGGGUUCUUGGUGGUUCACAAGACGGCCAAAGACGCUUACAGUUUGCAAUCAUUUCUUGAUCUGUUUAAUUGCUUGAGAUUGAUCAGGUCUCGUGAAACCGACGACCCUGAUUCUUCCACUACAAUCCAGGAGAUCGUGAUGAAGAAAGAGAGCAAAGAAAGGCAACAUUCACCUCUCGAUGGCGAUUCAGGCGGAAAAUGUUCUGUUCGAGAGUUGAGACGGGAAAUAAUCCGAAAUGCGGAGCCUUUGAUCAAACAAGAACCGUUAAAACCAUGGAUCACAUUGAAAAGAAACAUCAGAAACAUCAAAUACUUGACUUCAAUGGUGGACAUUAGCUUUAAACGGAAGUAUGUGUACGUAGAUGUGGGAGCCAGAAGCUAUGGAUCAAGUAUCGGGAGCUGGUUCAAAAAACAAUAUCCGAAACAGAACAAAACCUUUGAAAUUUACGCUAUUGAGGCAGACAAGGCAUUCCAUGAGGAGUACAAGAUGAAGGAAAGUGUUAAGCUAUUGCCUUAUGCGGCAUGGAUUAGGAAUGAGACAUUGUUUUUUGAGAUAACCAGGGAUCCCAGAAAGAAAAAUGCAGUGGAGAAAGGUAGAGGAAUGGGGAGGAUACACCCGGUUCAGUCAUCAAUUAGUUACGUGGAGGACGUGGACAAGGUUCAAGGGUUUGAUUUAGCAGAGUGGUUGAAAAAUGUGGUGUCUGAGAGAGAUUUUGUGGUGAUGAAAAUGGAUGUGGAGGGCACUGAGUUUCAUUUGAUGCCGAGGUUGAUUGAGACAGGAGCCAUUUGUUUGAUUGAUGAGGUCUUUUUGGAGUGUCACUACAAUAGAUGGCAGAGAUGUUGUCCUGGCCAGAGGAGUCCAAAGUAUCAGAACACAUAUGAUCAAUGCGUGGACUUGUUUGAUUCUCUUAGAGCUAGAGGAGUUCUAGUGCACCAGUGGUGGUGACCAGUAAUCAUUGAUUUUGUAUAAGUUGUUUUUUUUUCCUUAUAUAUUCCAUCUCUGAAGGAGCAAUCCACCGAUAUUUGGUUUU